AUACUUUGUGGUCCUCGAGGGUUCAUAAAGAAUGAUGAACUUUUCAAAUCUCUCGACGAACAUUGCCAACGCGGGGCAGCCGACUAGUCAGCAGCCUGCUCAGUCGACUAAUGGGCAGGCUCUUCCCCAGACUAUGCGCCUGCGUGACGAGCCGCCAGCCAUAACACCACCAACCCGUAACCCACGGAAACGAAAGUCUCCUCCUGCCACGACUCCAGACUCUGCCCAACCUCAGCAACCCGCCACUCAGCCUCAGCCUCAGUCCCAGCCUCAGCAGCUUCAACACGUUCUUCCACCUCCCCAUACCAUCAUGCAUCAGCUUCCCCCCGGCGCCAUGCCUCCGUAUCAGUAUACCGACUACUCGCCCGGUGGAAUGCCGCCGCCUCCCCCAAACUCCCAACCCGACCAGUCCGGAUCCACGUCGUCAGGCCAGCGCGCCCUCAGUUCCAGCAAGCGUGCAGAGCAGAACAGAAAGGCCCAGCGUGCAUUUAGAGAACGACGAGACCAGCAUGUCAAGGCCCUUGAGUCUCGUUCGCAACUCCUUGAUGCCGCCCUCGCUUCAGCAGACGAGGCGAAUCGCCGUUGGGAAGAAUGUCGUGCAUUGGUUGACCAAUUGAGGGUCGAAAAUGCCGCCCUUCGUGCCGCCCUUUCCCAGGCUCAGCUGCUGUCUUCUACCACAACCGUUUCCCAGCAGCCGGAAGAAACCAAGAAGGAAGGAGCCUCGGAGAAUAAUACCAAUGUAGAGACCAGUCAGAAGGAGUAGCUAUUCGAUUGUACUUGUCCCCGGUUCUUGUCGAGCAAAGUUUAAAGUCUUGUUGUCUUCUGUUGUCGCACGGACCGUGUAACUAUAAGUCGGUAGUCGCCAGUGGUCAUGAGCGUCUUGUCGCAUUCCAUGCGUCGUCGUGGUUGAAAACAAAACGAUCAUGCCAGUGCAAGUUAUGUAACCCAAGGCUUUGUCAUCGUUCUUCUCAAAAUCCACGGGGAGGGCCUGUUUCAUGAGCAGGUGAACGGUUUUGACCCCCGACAUCUGUUGGUGGUAAAAUGACUGUAUGUUCUUGCAUUUAACCUUAUUGCUCUGACUUCUUGCCUCGUCAACGUAACUUUACUAGUGUAGAUGCCUCGACUAAAGAAUAAGCUGGGACGAAACUGCUAGGCUUGCUAAUAUCAUUUCUUAUUCAAACAUUGAAGUUUUCUUCUCGGACGGGCUGAUUGCUUGAAACAUCC